CAUAAGGUUCCCAUGGCAAUAGGGGAAAAUAAUGGCGCUUUACUUGUGUGAAGUAAACGCAACAUUUUUCAACUUUCUACUAAGAUAUAUGUGACUUUUUUGCAACGAAAAUACAGGAAUUAUGAAAUCAUGCUAGCCCCGCAUAUUUUGCUUGCUGAAAUCGGCAAUUUAUGCGGCGAAAGUGCGGCGUAGGCUAUUUGAAAAAAAUGCGACCCCCGCAUAAAUAUGCGGACUUUGGCUGUUUAUGCAUUAAAUCAGGCGAUCGCAUAAUCUCGUUUUUCUGGAGGGACUGUUCAAAGCUCUGUGCACUGUCAGCAUGUUUCAUCAUCUCAUCGCCAAGCUACAAAGAUUAUCUAAUCUUAUUAUCAGAGUUAAUGACACCACAAACUGAAAGAAAAACUUACUGGAAGCUCAGUGUCUCCACCCACCUUUUAUAUAUAUUUAUACCAUGUUUAGCCAGCAAGAGCUCAUCGAUCGUCAUCUUCAUCAUGACCAUCAUCAUCUCUCUGCUCCUGCUGGCCUCUGUGCUGCCACACCUGACCUUCACUGCUCGUGUGAAUGUGGGUAUAGUGAACGGCACAGAAGCAAAACCUCACUCCAGACCUUACAUGGUUUCUGUCCAAGCGAACAAGCAACACAUCUGCGGUGGAUUCCUAAUUUCUGAUAGAUUUGUCAUGACUGCUGCACACUGCAAAUACAUUUUUCCAGUUCUAACAGUUGUGCUAGGUGCACAUGACCUACAACAAAAGAAUUUGGACCGACUCAAUGUGGAUUUCUACCAUGAGCAUCCGGACUAUACCAAUGGAUCCUAUCAUAAUGACAUUUUGAUUUUGAGGCUUGAAAAACAUGUGGAACCAAACAACAUUAUCAAGAAGAUAUCCAUACCAACGAAAGAAGAUGAUAUCGAAGCAGAUACUGUUUGUAGUGUCGCAGGAUGGGGGAGUUUAAAAACAAAUGGGAAAGGAAACAACCGCCUCAUGGAGACAAAUGUGACGGUCAUGAAUAACAUGAAAUGUGAAAGUAAAUGGGGGAAAAAAGAAUAUGCAGCUUCACAGAUGAUGUGUGUAUAUGGCAAUGGAGGAAGCUGUGAUGGGGAUUCUGGAGGUCCUUUGGUUUGUGGAGACACUGCAGUCGGUGUAACAUCCUUUGGGGACCCUAAGCAGUGUAAUUCACUUGAACUACCUGAAGUUUAUAUUAAGAUUUCAGCAUAUCUUCCAUGGAUAAAGAGCAUUAUUGGAAAUGUUAAUUGAAUUAAUUGCAGAUUAAAUGGGGUGAUUUUUGUUUUUUUGAAAGUUGAGUUGAUUUCCCCCAAAAUCUUCAUUCAAUAAACAUAAUAAACAUUGUAAUAUGCAAAAAUAUGUACUUUGUGUU